AUGUCACAAUCAACGACUUCCAUCGCAUCGACAUUGUUGACGAACAAAAGCAUGACCACACAACCAAUUACUGUUGCAACAAUGUCAUCAACUGGCAUCGACGCAAUCCGAUUAGUGUCAUCGUCAUUGUACGACAACGAUACCUUUUCCAGCAUUUCACCCACGGUAUCGCUUACCACAACGCCGCUGCCCUACAACGAUUCGUGCGGCAACAGUUCCCGCUCCGACUUUAUACAAAACGAAGCGGUGCAAGCGAUAUUUUGUGUCUUGUACGGAUCGAUAUUCAUUCUCGGCAUUUUCGGCAAUGCCCUCGUAUGCUACGUGGUGUUCCGCAACAAAGCCAUGCAAACCGUCACUAAUUUGUUCAUAACUAAUUUGGCGUUGUCCGAUAUCCUGUUAUGCGUACUUGCAGUGCCCUUUACUCCGUUGUACACAUUUCUGGGCCGCUGGAUAUUCGGUGUGCCGUUAUGUCACAUCGUGCCCUAUGCACAAGGCUGUAGCGUUUACAUAUCCACGCUGACGCUCACUUCCAUCGCGAUUGACAGAUUUUUCGUCAUAAUUUAUCCCUUUCAUCCGCGCAUGAAGCUGUCCACGUGCAUCGGCAUCAUAAUUUUCAUUUGGGUGAUAUCGCUGCUCGUGACAUUCCCGUAUGGGUUAUAUGUGAAGGUCGCGGAUUACAACGGGACGAAGUAUUGUGAGGAGCAUUGGCCAUCGGAGGAGAUCCGAAAAGUGUUCAGUUCGACGACGUCAACGUUGCAGUUUGUGCUGCCCUUUGUUAUAAUUGCCUUUUGUUACAUUUGUGUGUCGGUGCGAUUGAAUGAUAGGACACGAGCGCGACCCGGCAACACAAAUUCGCGUCGCGAGGAACAAGACAGGGAUCGGAAAAAACGAACAAAUCGCAUGUUGAUUGCGAUGGUGGCUAUUUUCGGUAUUUCAUGGCUCCCGUUGAACGUCGUGAACAUCCUGAACGACUUUGAGUCGUACAUCAAUUGUUGGCGUUACUACAACGUGCUUUUCUUCAUCUCACAUCUGACGGCAAUGGCUUCGACGAGUUACAAUCCCUUCUUGUAUGCCUGGCUCAACGAGAAUUUCCGCAAAGAAUUCAAGCAGGUCCUGCCUUGUUUUGAUCCGUCACGAGGGCGAACGGCAAACGGCAGUGGCGGCAAAGGAGCAUGGCGUUCGGAGCGCACAUGCAACGGCAACAACGACACAGUACAGGAAUCCCUCUUGCCCUCCAGUUGUCUCAAAGGAAUGGAAAUUAAACCACGAGAUCCUGCCAAGGAAGCGGGAAUGCGUGCCUCGAUCCGAUCAAGUGCGCGAACCACCGACACAAUUUUACUGUCUGAAGUAACGCCGCCGCCGCCGCCCGUGCAAUCACAAGGCACAAUAAUGCUGCCAUCAGGUGUCCUCGAAACCCCUUUUGAGUCAAAUACGGGAACAACGACGGGCAGAAAUGGCGUCGGAAACGGAGGUCUUAUUUCGCCAAUUGAACCAACGAAGCUAAGCAGCACCGAUACAUCAACUUCCAUAAUUUUGCUUGACACACAGCCGCCCGACGAGAAAUCAGAAAAAUCUUCGCUGGAUCAAAUUCUGUAA